GAAAUCAGAAAGAGAGAGGGAGAGAGACAGAGAGGGGGUUGUGAUAAACUCAGCCGUGAGCACUCCUGUAAGCAGAGUGAGAGAGUGCAGCAGUACAAGAUCUGGAGAGAGUGAAAACACAACUGUGUUGAAACAAGCAAGCACAGAGUGAGCAAGACCUACCACAAAGUCUAGGCAGAUUGUGCACUAAGAGGUGAGUGUGCAUUUGUUUUUGUCACCCUGAUGAAUAAGGACUGGUGAGAUGUGUGCAAGGGGGUGCGUUUGAGGGUGUCAGACUGCGAUCGUCCCGUCAAGUGCUUCACUUCUUUGAAGUUGCUCCGAGGCAGCCGUAGGGGACCAAUUUUUCCCUGCAAGGUAAAAAAGGCAAUAGAAGGCUAAAGGCUACAAAAAUUUCCAGUUCCCUCAGGACAUUUUUCUCAACUCAGCUUCAAGAAGGAACCACAUGUGAAGACUGAUGGGGCAAGGGCUCAGAGCUUACCAGAGAAUCAACUCAACUGCAUCCCUGACCACAGAGACUCCACAGCAGACAGAGGUAAAGAACCAGAGAAAGAGCUAGGGAAUCUCCAUCCACUCCCCCCUCCCCACAUUUCUUCAUCUGCCUGGACCUUCCUCAGUUGCCCUCUGGUACCCCCAACAGGGCAGGAAGCGUGAAAAAUCUCACUAAUGGGUUUAUUUACCGUCAGCUCAGCCACGACCUGUCAUUUCCCAGGACUACUUCACUUGACACGUUUCAUAGUCGAGUAAGCUUUACUUUGUUUCUGCCAAAGGAGCUUGAGAGCUGGAAGAUCAAGACCAAGCUGAGGUAUCAGUCAACUUGUUUCCCACAGGGAGGAGAAGUCCCUUAAUCACGUUGCCUGUCUAUUGCACUAUUUUCUUCCAGUGAGGUCAAGCAUAUGAUUUGAAGCCUGGGGACAUCUCGCUGUUGCUUUUUAUUUCUCAAAGCCGAGUGACCAAGAACUUCCUGUUGAGAGGACAGACAGAGUGAGCGAGUCUGCUUUCUGACCCAACAAAAGUCUUCUGGCUGGUGGACUGAAGAUGCGUUGCUGGCUGCUAGCUGUGGUGACGGCAGUGCUCUGGAGCCAGUGCAUCCUUCUAGGGUGGGCUGAGGGCAGGAAGGUGCAGAAGAGGCCGAAGGAGCUCACUCCACAGCACACCGAAGCAUUCAACAUCACCCUUUCCAACAGCGAGGAACUGGAUGGCAGCACAAAGGUCAGUGAGAACCAGAGAGUAGACCCUCAUGGAUCAUGGAUGGAUUUUGUGAAGAGACCUGUGGGCAACUUUCCCGGAAAAUGCAGAAAGCGAAAACGACCACUGCCUGGCCCCCCGGGCCCUCCUGGGCCUCCAGGCCCUCAGGGACCCCCAGGAUCCCCCGGGGCAGAGGUCACUCAAGAGGUCCUGCUGCAAGAGUUCAAAGAAAUGAUCAAAGAGGCCACAGAGAGGCGAGCAUUAGUAGACCAACCAAACGAGCCUAGUCAGCUGCCCACUGCUCUCAUUACACUAGAGGGCAUGACCUCCUACAGGAGAAUUGAAGAAGCCUUCCACUGCAAACUCAGAGGUCCUGUAGUUGUGGACAAGAAGACUCUGGUAGAGCUCCAGAACUUUCAGACACCUCCUGCCAAAGGUGCCUUCCUCAGAGGGACGGGGAUGGAUCAGUCCACUGGCCGAUUUACAGCUCCCAUAACUGGAAUUUAUCAGUUCUCUGCCAAUGUUCAUAUUGACCACACUGAGGUGAAGAAAAGUAAGAACCAGCUGAGAGCCAGAGACAAUGUCAGAGUUUUGAUCUGCAUUGAAUCACUCUGCCACAGAUAUACGUCCUUGGAAAUGAUUGUUGGCCUUGAGAGUAACAGCAAGAUAUUUACAGUGUAUGUCCAUGGACUGCUGGAACUUCAGGCUGGGCAGUACACCUCCAUAUUUGUGGACAAUGCAGCUGGAGCAUCCAUCACAAUACAGAAUGGUUCAGAUUUCAUGGGCAUUUUGUUGGGUGUAUAGCCUUGUUUUAUUGCCAGGCUAAAUCUGGCAGGCCAAAUAAGACUGCACAUAGCUCCGCGUUGGACUUUCACCCAGCACCAGAUUUCCUCAUAAGAUAUUAUUUGCCUGCCACCAUGAAAGUUGUUGGCUGAUACAUCUUCAUGGAAGAUACAUGGACAAAUUGAAACCAACAAAGCAACUAAAGACAAAGACAGUUGGAUAUAAAUUAAAUACAUUACUGAGGACAGUCCAUAUCUGCCUUUCCCCUGUUCUGUCUACAGUGAGGUUCUUGCUUCUUCAGAAAAAUUAAACAUCUUUUCAAAUCCAAAAGCAAAAUCAUUGGUAUCUGUGUUCUUAUAGGAUGGUACCAACAGACCCUAUUGUGUGAUAUACACAGCAGAUACAAAUAGAUUUUUGUACCUUGACGUUGAUGCAUAAUUGUGUUAUAACAUCUUGCUCCUCAUAGUUAAUCAUGUUUAUAUACACAAUUUGUUUUCAACAAUGAGAAGUGUCUUAGAGUAUGUCCAAUACAAGAUCUAAUCUAUGGGUUUAUAUAUGGGCUUUAUGGGCUUUUGGAGGUGAAAAAUGCACACCUCCUCCUCUUGUGCAUACAUGACUGUAUUGUGUAUUUUUAAAUAUAAUAAGCUAUAAGUUUUAUUUACUAUGAAGCUCCAAAAAGCAUGUUUUAGGAUCUUGAUAAUUGAUAAACAAUAGAUUUUCUAUUAUGCUUUGCCAAAAGAAGGAAAUAUCCAAAUAUAAAGAAAAGCAAAUCAUAGUGACUAUGAGUCUAUUUUUAUGUAGAGUGGGAGUGUGUACUUGGAAAGCAACUGCCAUGAUCGAUUAUGCCUAUUAGAGUCCUGCUGAGUUCUCAUCUUGUUUACUGCAAUGCCAAAUACGUCAUAAAUGAACUCUUUUUGUUUUUAACAUUUCCUUGAGAAGCAUUCCCCAACUUCUCUCUCUUUAUGUAAAUGUAUUGCUCUGAUUUGUUUUGCAUCUUUUUUGUGCAAAGGUUUACUUAUUUUUAUAAGCUUUAGUAAAUACAGACGUUAAGAUGCAAAUAUACAGUAUCAGCACAUGUAAUUUGAAAUACAAAUUAUUUAUAUUUACAUUAAAUGUAUCUGGCAAUUAAAAUAGAUGUUAAUUUUGAAGUUGCUUCUAGGCUUCCAAUAGAUCUCAAUACAAGUGAAAAUAAUAUAAAUUAAGCAAAACUAUUUAAGCAUAUAUGCUUUGAAAUAGCUUGUAUUGUGGUGUAAUGGAAAUCAAACUACAUUCAAUAAAUGUAAAAUAUCUAUUCACCUGGGCAUACUUGCGGCUGACUUUAAAUGAUUUUUAUGAGCUUUGCGAAUCAUUGGGAACAUUCUAAAUUCUCUGCUCAAUAAAGCAGGUGGGACAUGCUGCCAGUGCUUUUGAAAGUUCAUAGGCAGCACUGCAUAUUGUAUCUCAUGGAAAAUAUUCUUUACUGCAGUAGUGUGGAAAAUGCUUCUUUGCAUCAUUUGCAUUGUAAAUAAUCUAGGAUACCUCAAAUACCUUGACAAACAUUCACAUGUCUGACAGACCGAUGGUGGUAUGCCAUUUGGUCACACUAGAGAGCAAUCUCUGAAAUACAGUCUUUAAGUGUCAUUUAAUCUUGUCAUCAAGUGUCAUUUAGAAUAUCCUAUGGAAAACAAGGCACUCACACACAUACACAAUGUUUUUUUUACAAGAGCAUUGGUUUUUCAAGUCCCUG